UUUACUACUCAACUGUGUCAGGACACGCAGGAGGACACACCUAAACCCGGGGAGAAGUGUCCGAAACACGCAAGCACAUGCGUCUCCCACCGCCCAGCUGAGCUCCUUCGACAGAAAAGCUGAACAAAAAAAAAACUAGUCAAUUAAAAUCAACUUAAGUUCUGGACCAGUCGGAGUUGCCAACAAGAUUGUUGCCUCGUGUGCGGACCAUCAUGGCAGAGCCAGACUACAUGGAUGGAGACUGUGAUGAGCUCAUUCAGCCCAAGAAACUCGUCAAUCCAGUAAAGACAUCGAGGAACCAUCAAGAUCUUCACCGAGAACUCCUUAUGAAUCAGAAGAGGGGUCUGGCUCCACAGAACAAGCCUGAGCUGCAGAAGGUGAUGGAGAAGAGGAAGAGAGAUCAAGUGCUAAAGGCUCAACUGGCAGAGCAAGAAGCUCAUAAAAAGCACAGUGACCUGGAGAUCGAGCUCAUGAAGAGACAGCAGAAACUUGAACAGUUGGAGUUGGAGCAGCAGAAAAUGGAAGAGGAGCAGGAGAACACACCAGAAUUUGUCAAAAUGAAAGGCGCUCUUAGAAGAACCAAGCAGGAGGUAGAGGAGCACGAGCGAACCACUUAGACACAAUGGAAUAGAUUUGGGUCCAUGGCACAUGAUGACAUGGCAGCUGGACUGGACUGCAGUUUGUGUGGGGGGGUUUCCUGGUGUUCCUGCUCCCUGUGUUCCUGUGAAAUUAGUUACCACGUUUGGUUCCUAUUGCCUGCUUGCAGACGCGACCAGUAUUCACUUAACCUCGUUACGCUGAACACCUGAAACAAAUGAAGAGGUUAAAAGAAAAACACACACUUGAGACAUGACGAAGCAGCCUCGUCUUCACUGGCUGAUGGUGUUUGGUGAACUUGCACGGCAAGAUGGAACAGAAUCUACAGAGUCUUUCCAUUUGUUACUCUUCUUCUUCUUCUUCUUUUUUUUGGAAAAACAAAACCACUCAAAUAAUAAUAAUAAUUAUUAUUUUUUUGUCUCCACAUGUUUAAAAUGGGACACUGGAUGGACUCUUGUAAGCCAAAAUAAUGCGAUUUGUUACCAUUUGGUUCUACCCUGAAAUGAAAAGAGGAUCUCAGGAGGACUUUCUGGUUGAUGAUCAAAACAUAAAUAAUAAAAAAUCACAUAAUUUCACUUUUGAAUUCUUGUCAGUACAAUGUUCCAAGAUUUGUUGUGUGAUGUACAGAGCUUGCUUUUUUGCCGUUUUAUUAUUUCUCAUUUUUGUGCACUCAUCUCUUUUAAGCAAUAUUAGAUCUAGGUUGAUGUGUUUCAGGGUUGUUGUUUUUUUGUUUUUGUUUUUUUUUUUUUGCUUUUUUUUUUUUUUUUACAUUCAAUGUUUGUUCAGUAUCUACUAGAGUGCUGUGUUAAAGCACUCUAUAUAUUUUUCCACAACUUGAUAGCAGUUAUUGAGUGCGAGAAGCUCUAGAAACAGUGCAUUUGAUUGUUUGUUAGUUCAGUAUUGAAAACUCUUUGAUUUGUGUAGUUUUGAGCCAAUAAUGAACCGGUAAUGCUGUCUUUAAAUUGUAAACCCUCUUUUAAUAAAUAUUAUUUUGUCAUGGUA